CUGGUGACUUUUUUAAUUUUUUUUAUUCAAACCUGACUCAACCCUCCCCCUCUCGUUUCUCACGGCAAGGCCAAAAAGGGCUAAUUCCGAUCGCCGUAAGACCAGAUGGAGGUAUUUGACAUAAAAUAAACACCUCAAGUUAACCAUUGCUAGGGUCUGAUAAAGAUCAAUGAACCAAAAAAAAAAACAAUUGACCCAGUAAAAGUUUGCAUGAGAUACGAAAUAAAGAAACAAUUUUUACACAAAUGUCCCAUUUUCCUUAUACAAUCAAACAAGAUAGAGAUUACGGUUGUGGGUUUCAAACUUUACCGCUGACAAUCUUGCUAAAGAGUACGAUUAUGUCGCUAUUGUUCUUGUUUCAUACUGCUUUCUUAAUUUUCUGUAUAGGUUUUCAAGUCGGCAAAGCUCGCAAGAAGUAAGUUCAUUUUUCAAUUUUUAUUUUUCUUUUGCUUCUUCAAUUUUUAUUAAAUUAAUUAAAUGGUCAUUUUAUUUUUGUUUAAAUCUUUUAUGAGGCAUGUAUAAAGUGCCCUACCCAACUCUUUAUGCCUCAUAAUCUAAUAACAAAGAGGCUAAUCUCUUCAAAUUGUAUUAAGAGGGGACCGGAACUCUGUGAAAUGGAUGCCUGUUUUUCAUGAUAAUGAUAUUGGGAGGAAUGAAGCAUCCUUGUGGUGUGCUCUAUCCAUGACUCUCUGUAUAUAGUCACUCAUUUUUUCUACUUCCAUGGGUACGCCACCAGUAAUCCUCAGAAUCGCCUCUCUGACAAUAUGGAUUCUUGACUAUGUUUGGACUUAUGGUUUGCACAAUCUCAUUUGGGAAUACUCGUGUGCUUUCCUAAACUCAUCUUAUUAAUCAUCAUCUCUUUUUGUGUUUUUUUUUCCUUUGUUUUAUAUCUCAAUGUCAGCAACAAGAAACCCCAAGAUCGUGGCCCCUGACCCAUCUCCGGUGAUCGUGCCAAUGAAACACUUCAUUAGAGUCAAAGCUUCUUGGCUUCGCUCCGGCCACGUCGACUCCCAACGGGCCAAACGAGUUUCAGAAAAUGUUCCUCUCGUAGUGAUCUUCCAGAUUCCGUCGCCAGAUUCUCAAUGCACUGCCAUUGCCCAGCGCCGGCAGCCGUCCACCGUGGAGUCUAGUGAGCUUGGGCAGCUGCUGUGGUGUAAUAAAAAUGAGCAUAAUCCGGUGUUUCUCACCUAAAAUUAAAAAUAUGCAUAUGCUGACGUGGUAAAGUCGUUUUUCUAAAAGAGGCCCUACUAGACUACUAGUGGAGUUUUUCUCUUGAGACCUACAUUCUAUAUAUAUAUAUUUGAUAGACUUAUCUUUACUUCAUAUAUAUAAAUGUGUCUCCUUGCAAUUAUUUUUUGUUCCAUUAAUGUUGCUGAAGUUUGAUAAAAAUAUGGAUGUGAGCAUUUACUCUCAUCUCUACACAUAGAAGUUCUUAUUAAAAUCUAGAAUGACUUGUCCCCCAUUUUUUUUUUAAUAAAAGUUAAAGUUUUCUUUAUUUUUUUUUUCUUUUCUUAAUUGUUUUUUUAGGAAGAAAAUUUAAGUAUUUAUUAUGAAGGAGAUAUUUAUACUUGUAUUAGUUACAUGUUAAAGGAAUUGAGGAUAGCUCAAGUAGUCAUAAAUCGUGUGUUGGAGGUCUGAGUUCGAGUCCCAAAUUAUACAUUCUAUAAUAUAAUUAACGCUUAAAUUAAAAAAAAAAAAAAGUUACAUGCUGAAGACUAGAAGGUCUUAAUAUUAUUAAGAGUGGUUAAAUUAGGGCACCCACUAAGUUUAUGACAAUACAUGAUGAAAUUUGGAACAUUAUAUUGCUUUACUGCAUUUAUUGCAAUGCUUUCUAGUGGUACCUACUACCUACCCUGGUUCAUAUUCAGUCCAUUAUUUUGGAAAAGAAUCACUAUCUAAUUUCAUCAUAGUAUAAAAAUCGUUAGCAAAAAGAAAAAAUAAUAUAAAUACAUUAUAAAUAUAUAUUUAUAAAUGAAAAUUCAUGUUUUAGGAUCAUAUGUUACUUCUUCAAGCUCUCAUUUGUAUCAAACAUUAAAUUUCUGGACCAUGCCACAAUAGACAUCAUCUACAACAAUAAUGAUAUCAGUGAUAUGCACAUGUUUAUACUAUAUUCACAUCGCUUAAUUAGAGAGGUGCAUUUCAGCUAUGGAGUGUCAAAAAAAUCUGCAGGGUGAUCUUGAGUCUAUGAGGGUUUUCUACAGAAGUGGAGCAACUAAGGAAAUAUCUUGGAGAAAGUCACAGCUGAAAGGAUUGCUUACUUUUCUUGAGGAAAAUGAGGCUGAUAUUAUGAAUGCUCUUAAACAAGACUUGGGAAAGCAUUAUAAUGAGGCUUUCAGAGAUGAGGUUGGAACAUUGAUAAAGUCUCUAAACUUGGCUUUGAAGUCUUUGAAAACAUGGAUGUCACCAAAAAAGGCUAGACUACCUGCAAUUGCAUUACUGACCACCGCAGAAUUGGUUCCUGAGCCUCUUGGUCUGGUUCUCAUAUUCUCUUCAUGGAAUUUUCCAUUUGGACUGUCCUUGGAACCUCUCAUAGGAGCACUAGCUGCUGGAAACACAGCUGUUCUGAAACCUUCAGAAUUGUCCCCUACUUGCUCUUUUAUUCUAGCAAAUACCAUGCCCAGCUACCUCGACGGUAAAGCUGUCAAAGUUAUCCAAGGCGGCUCAGAUGUUGGAGAACAGCUCUUGCAACAUCGAUGGGACAAAAUAUUCUUUACUGGUAGUCCUCGAGUGGCACAGAUAGUCAUGUCUGCAGCUGCUAAGUUUUUAACACCAGUUGUGCUGGAGCUGGGUGGAAAAUGCCCUGCUGUUUUUGAUUCCUUGUCAUAUUCUUGGGACAGAGAGGCGGCUGUAAGACGAAUCCUUGUGGGGAAAUUUGGGACUUGUGCUGGACAAGCUUGCAUAACAAUUGAUCAUGUUCUUGUGGAAAAGAAUUUCCUGCCCGUAUUGGUGGACUUACUGAAGACCAACACUAGGAAAAUGUUUGGAGAAAACCCCCAACUGUCAAACUCCAUGGCCAGGAUAGUAAACAAGCAUAAUUUCUUGAGACUGAAAAAUCUUUUGGAUGAUCCUGCUGUUAAGUCUUCAAUUGUUUAUGGUGGCAAAAUUGAUGAGGAAAACUUGUUCAUCGAGCCAACGAUCUUGGUAGACCCUCCGUUUGAGUCUGAAAUCAUGACAGAAGAGAUCUUUGGACCAUUGCUUCCAAUCAUCACGUUGGAGAAGAUUGAAGAUAGCAUAGAAUUCAUAAAGCUAAGGCCUAAACCACUUGCUAUAUAUGCCUUCACCAAGAGCAAAACACUAGAGAGAAGAAUCAUAUCAGAGACAUCUUCAGGGAGUGUGACAAUGAAUGAUGCCAUAAUUCAAUACGCUGCAGAUGCAGUCCCUUUUGGAGGGGUUGGAGAAAGUGGGAUUGGAAGGUACCAUGGAAAGUUCUCCUUUGAUACAUUCAGCCAUGAAAAAACAGUGGUAAGAAGAAGCUUCUUCACUGAUUUUUGGUUCAGAUAUCCUCCAUGGAAUGACCACCAGCUUCAACUCUUUCGUGUUGCUUACAACUAUGAUUACUUGGGUAUUGCCCUUGUCAUGCUUGGCUUGAAGAGAGCCAAAAAGAAUUCAUACUCUAUCUAAAUAUAUAAAAAUAAAUUUGGAUACAUUAUGUACAAGUAUAUUGUUUUCAUAUCUAAGUUGUAUUCUUUGUGCUUUUCUUCUAAUUAUAUAUUGAGUCAGAUAAAUGGCAAUAUUAUAAGUAAGGAGUGGAUGAGAUGAGUGUAUUAGUUUGUACUAGUGGGAGCUGCCAUAUUUUGAUGCUUUACUAAAAGGUCAAAUUAAAUUGUUCA